AUGGCCGAGACAGGGCUAACUCCAAUUCUGUGGUCUCCUGCAGAGAAGGAGAAAGAUUCAGCUGGGCUUCCUGCUCCUAUUGAACAUCAGCAAGAAAGGAAGGUCACUGACAUGGCUACAGUGAAACUUUCCGGAAAAGCCGUGUUAGAAAAACUGCAUUCAAAAUAUUCUCAGAAACCGUGGAAUGAAACUUUAAAGCUUGUCCGCUACUGUAUGGAUAAACCUGCUGCGAAUGCUCUGAAGGGCUUUACAGAUCAUCCAGUUAUAAGAUGUGGAUACACACUGCAAGAAGCUGUAAAAGCAAAAUCCCUUUCCACCUUACUAACCCGCAUAGAAGCCAUAUCAAAGCAAAAGGGGUUGGAGUCUCACCUUGGUCCUAAUGGAAGAAUUUGCUAUAUCACAUCAGAGAUGUUCUAUAUAGAAGUUCAAGUGAAGAGAAAUGGACAUGUCGGAUUUGUUAAGCUGGCUCACCAUGGUGAUUCUCCUACUGUUUGCAAAGAACUGCUUUCUCUGCUCAGAACAAAAGAUUUUGAAGGCUUUGGCAGAAGUUUGGAAGGGCUUUUACAUCUGUACAAUAUUCCUGGUAACAGUGAAAUCAAAGCUAAAGUCUACCUUGCAUUAUGCAGUUUAGAAGCAAAUCUGAACUCUAUAUUUAAUCUGAGCAGACCUACGACUGAGGAUAGGGUGGCAACAAUCCUGCAUGGAAAAGUUGGUUAUCUUUCUCCCAGAUGUGGAGGAACCCCAAUGAAAAUUGAGUACUAUAUUUCACCAUAUCAAGUUUUGGAAGAAAAACUUAAACCAGGUACUCGUGUGAUUGGAGUAAAUGCAUAUGUGACAGUUGUGGGGACAAACAACUGGUAUCAUCUUCCAGUAUCUCCAUCAUUCCAAGGGGCUUCACAGGAAAGUGGCAGUACUAAUGGAUUUUCAACAUUCACAGAAGAGUCCAGUAUGGCAUUGCCUGCCUGUUUCUUCUUAACAUUUGCACACCCAGAGCCAAUAUUGUUGCCUUUAAUCCAUAAGAUCCAAAAUAUUACUGGCAUUCCAGUCUUUGCAACAGGGCAAGCACACUUGCAUGAAUUGCUUAUUGACAUAAAAGUUAAAGAGCCAGCAGUCCAUAGAGAAAUCCAGUUUAUUGUGUCUAUUCCAGGUUGUAUGGACCAAUGUUAUAUAAUGAGCAGUAGCUGUGAAAAUGAAAGUAAUGUGAUGGGUGCACUUGUAAACAAAAUACCUUUCACAGACCCAAGUCAUGUACCAUCUGUCCUGGAAAUUUUACGAUAUCAAGCAGCUUACAGUACUUUGCUCAACAGCUGUUUAUCUCCUACAAUAAACCCUAAAGAUCACAAUGGCAUGCUUCACUUUGAAGUCUCCCUGCAAAAAGACUUAAAAAUUUGCAUUUCAUUUCAGAAUCCCAGCGGUGGAAGUCUUUCCUGCGUUGUUGUUGAAGUCUUGAGCCCAAGGAAAUUAUUGUGCACCCUGUACACCAGCUCCUGUGAUCCUCCCUUACUCUGCAACAGUGAAUUUAUUGGGAAGAUUCUGGAAUGUUGUAUGUCAAUUCCCAUUACUAUGAGAACCAUCUUCAAGAAGGCGCACAAAGAGGAAGUUGCUGAAACAAUGGAAACGUCAUGUGCAAAAGGUGAUGGUUUAUCUUCCCAAAAUUCAGAUGAAAUCCAUUCCGACAUUUUCAGUAAACGAUUGUGCAACAAAGAAGAAGAAGAAGAAAAACCAUCCACUCAUGGCAAAAGUGUUCUACUUGGCUCCGUCUGUGAUCCCAUUGAGGAGCUCUUCCCUGAAACCAAUGGUGGAAUUAUUUCUGUUGAUUCACAUGGGUCUAGUCCUGCUCAGGAAACAAAUUCUACCUUUACUGAAGAUACCUAUUAUAACAUUCCACAAGUCAAUUCUAGUAGUGUAGAACAGCCAAAUUCUAGCCUUGCUGAAGAGUCCUGUUCAAGUCUCACAGAGGAUCCGAAUGCUAUGAUUGUACAGCAGCUCAGCCCUAUCAUGGCAGACGUUCCUAGUCCUAAUAUAACUGAGGAUCCAAGCUCCAGUAUUACAGGAGAGCUAAGUUCAAGCAUCACAGAAGAACUCGGCAUGAGCGUGUCAGGCUUUGCUAUGCCUCGAUCCGUUCCUGAACAGGAAAAUGAUGAAAGCUACUGA